GCAAAUAGAAAAGUACUUUACACUGCAAAGCCCCUCCCCUUCGGGCAAAACCGUCGAGCACCUUGCCUGCUUAAGCCCACGCUCCUCAAUCCCUGACCCCCGUCGCUGCGCCCCCAGCGAGAUGGCCUCCAUGGCGGCGGCGGCGGCGGCGGCGGCGGCGGCAGUGGGCGUGCUGCUGCCGUUCCCCUUCUACUACGCGCUGUGGACCCACCCGCAGCGGUGGGUGGACCUGUGCGGCCGCGGCGCCGACCCGUGCCGCCGCAUGGCGCAGGUCUCCCACGCCCUCAAGGCGCUCCAGCUCCUGGCCCUCGCCUCCGUGGCCUCCUUCUCCUGGCCCCCGCCGCUCUACUGCCCCGUCCUCCUCGCCGUCGGCCAGUACCUCAACUUCAAGGUGUACCAGCUGCUUGGCGAGUCUGGCACCUACUACGGCAAUCGAUUCGGGAAGAAGAUCCCGUGGGUGACAGAGUUUCCCUUUGGCUACAUCAAGGACCCGCAGUAUGUCGGGAGCAUGCUCAGCCUCGUCGCGCUCCUGUGUUGGGUCCCGCUCCAGUACGUGCUGCUGUGGUGUCUUGGUUACGUCUUCAUGAUGUGGGUCGAGCACAAGGAAGACCCUGCCACCCGUGCGAAGCUGCUCUCCUGAUCACUUAGCUGUUGCACAGCUGAGCUGAUACUUCCCUGGGAGCCCCCAGUGAGGCAGCGACGAUGCCUGAAGCGAUGUGCAGUCAUUUUCUAUACCUUAUAUCGAAGUACUGUGGCACCCUGAUCUGAUCUUGAGUAACGAGAUUAUCGCUCCUGUGCGAAUUUUUGAUUUGGGGUGCUUAGUUUGUUGUUGGUGUUCCUCCAAGCUCUGAUGUCUAAAGGACUUGUUCCACUGAGAUGUGGAACCCACAUGUCAUUCUCUCUUCUCUC